UUAUCAAUUAUAAAAGACGCAAAGGUUGGCGAUCGCCGGGAUUAUCUCAUUCGAAUGUGGAGCACACUAAACAAUCAGUCUUGGUUAAGAGUUUGAUUUUGACGGUUCCAAUUUAAAAUACUGGUGCUAUUAAAUACUAAUAAAAUGUUCAUAUUUGUGGCGGGAUUAUCCUUAGCCACAGUGCUACUGGCAAUUGCAAAUGCUGAUGUUGGGAUGAACAUCAAUAUCAAACAACCAAACGCACAAGUGUAUCAUCAGCAAUCUCCGCGUAAUGAUCAGUUUACUUACGGUUACCAUGUGGACACUGUUAGCAAUCAGUUCCAGCAUAAAGUUAAAGGUCCGGAUGACGUAACUUAUGGAUGCUAUGGAUAUGUGGAUCCAGCGAAUAAGAAACAUCUUGUGUACUAUGUUGCUGAUCGAAUGGGAUAUAGAAUUAUUUUUCCCAACAGACCAACCAAGAUCUUCACUGAAAGACUAUCCGACAGUUUGAAUAAACUAGAUGGUUCAGUGAAAAGCAAGGACUACGAUGAGAAAGUUGUGGCCUGGAAUGAUCUCUACUUACCUGACGCAUGUUUUCGGUUGGAUGAAAUUUUAUCCACGGCGGCUUCCAAUGUGUAUCAACAAACCGUGCAGCCGGUUAAAGUUCCGACGACAACUCCAAGGAUUCAACCGAUCUAUGUGCAACCUGAACUUCCGACUCCAACACAAUACACUGUUCCUACAACGUCUGUUCCAAGAUAUGUGCAUGCAAACCAGCAUGGUGGUCGGUAUACCGGGUCUAAUCAUCAAGAGGAAGAAUUUACAAGCGGUCGGGACUCUUAUCAGCAAGGAGGCGUUGAUAACAACUUGGAAGUUCAACAGGUGACACAAACGGUACCGGGGUGGUCUGGUUCCCUCCCGGACAUUAACCCGGCGAAUAUAAACCUGGACCAGUUCAAUAUCCACACGACGAGCGAAGAUUCGGCAAGCUCCGCAACCACUACCCACUUUAACAACCAACAGCAGUACAGCUUGAACAUCACUCAGCUGUUGGCGCAAAUCGAGGCUGUGAACUCGCAAGUUAUUACCCUCAACAUGUUGCUGGCGGGUAUGGCCAACAACCCAACGGCAUUUGGGAAUGCCAACGAGGGAAGCUGCAAAACGGUGGUGCAGCUUCUUCGAAAUCAAAGAACAACCCCCCAGCUGGUGUACGUUCCCAUCCUAAUUCCGUAUGUCGAAGGCCAGUACAAUGUGAAUCAACCGUUUGGAAAUACGGCUGCACGUUAUCAGCAACAGAAACCGUGUCAUCGCUGUCAGUGAUUGGGACUUAUGUUUACGCAAAAUGAAAUGAAAUGUGAUGAAGAAUGAAGUACACGGGAACUUUCGAAAGGCA